GGGUACCCUCCGCAACGCGCCAUAAGGAACUUCGUUCCAAAAAAAAAAUUGUUUUCAAGUUUUUCAUCCUAGAUUAUUACACUAAUAAAUUUAAACAUUUUUAUUCGGAUCGCGUUAUAGGUUGAAAUUUUUUUUUUUGCAUUUUUACUAUUACAUAAAUUAGUUUUAAUAUUUAGUCUAAUUUUUCAUAAUAAUUUCUACCACGAAGCCUAGAUAGAAGGAGAACGAUCGCUAUAGGUUUCCUCGCCGUAUAUGUGUCCUAAAAAAUGAGGCAAUAUCGGGUACAAUAAUUCUCCACAAGGGCGGCGGUACUGUUCGGGAGUUCAGAUUUUUGUAUAUGUGUUUUUGUACUCACAAGUAGUGUUGUUUAAUAUUUAUUCUGUUAUUAGUUAUAAAUAAAAGUGAGAUAUGGUUAAAUAUUGCACUGUGGUGAGUUGUACGAAUAGCAAAAACAAUAAAAAAGUAAAAAAAGAAUUACAACUACAGAAAAAUUCUAUGUUUACAGUACCUAAAGAUCCUGAGAUUGUCCGAAAUUGGAGUCAAAUAUUAGAACAAGAUUUAGUUUUUAGUUCAUUCAUUUGUGAUAAGCAUUUUGAUGAGGAAUAUAUUUUAAGAAAAGAUGUGGUAAAUAUCCCUGGUCAAGAACCGUACGUAUCAGAGAGGAAAAAAAUAACUCUCAAACCUGGUGCCAUUCCUACAUUAUAUAAAAAUAUCAACGAGACGUCACCUUUAAUUAAUGUGCCGGUUGAUGAAACUGUAAAUGUGAGAGCUGCUGUCAAAAUUUUAUUAAUUUAAAUUUCAAAUAACUACUAUCAUGUAAUAAUUUUAAAUGUCAUUGAACAAGAAAAUAUCGUAAAACUGCAAAGUUAAUGUAACUAAUCAAUAUUAUGUUAUUUUAUUAUUUUUCUAAUGUUUAUCUCAAAAAU